AUGUUUAUUUUUAUUUUUCUAUCGAAUAUUUAUCAAGCUAAUUCUAUUGAUAUUCGAGAAAUGUGUCAAAUUUCGAAUUUGGAGUUGACUGGAGCUGAAGGAAUACGGUGGAUGAAAUGUAGAAGUUAUAAAAAUGAUCUAAAAUUGCGUGGGAUUACUGUAGCAUUUCGACAUGGAGAAAGAUCACCGAUGAAAAUUCCGGAUAACUUAGAAGAUUGUGAUGUGAAGUCAAAGGCUGAUAAAGGCAGAUUUAGAAGAUAUAAGAAGCUAGCAUUUUCUAAAAAAUUCCAGAAUUAUUUCCAAAUCGAUGCUUCACUUUCAAAUUUUUCACGAGUUCCUGAUGAAAGAAAAUGUGAAAGUGGAAUGUUAACAGUAAAUGGAGCAAUACAACAUUUGAAACUUGGAAGAUUAUUCAAUGAUCGAUAUUCAAAACAUCUACAAAAUCCAGAAAUUCAAGUUACAACUUCAAAAUUCUCUCGAACAUUUCAAUCAGUUUUAGCUUUUCUUUCUGAAUUUUUGCCAAAAACAUACAUUCAUAUUACUGCUUCGAAUUAUUCAUUUCAAUGUACAGAUUCAUUUUGUGAUUGUGGAAAAAAUGUGAGAUGGAGAGAAAUUUUCAAAGAACAAAGGGAUAAAUAUUUUGAAAAUUAUAUAAAAACCAAUAAGGAUCUGGAUCUGAUCAACAAAUUGAGAGGCUUCAAAGAUCCAUUAAAACUAAUUGAUAAUAUGUUGGGAAGAUAUAUUUGUAGAGGAAAACAACUUCCAGAUGGAAUGAGUUAUGAAAUAUUAAAUGAAAUGUUGAAUAUAACGAAUAUUCGAAGUCAAAAACUAUUCGAAUCUGAUGGAUUGACAAAAAAAUUAUUUUAUUUGGAAGCUUGGCCAGUUUUGAGUUAUGUUAGACAAAUUAUUCAGGAAACAAGAGACGGAAAUGAAAAAAGUUUUAUUCAAAUAUUUUCGGGUCACGAUAUUUUACUAAGCCCAAUUCUUCGAGUUCUUGGAAUAUCUUUUGAUGAUCCACCACAUUAUACUUCACGGAUUGUUUUCGAAAUUUAUCAAGAUUUGAAUUCGAAACAAGAUUUAUAUAUCAGAAUUUUAUACAAUGGAGAAAAUAGAUCAUGGGAUGCCAAGUUUUGUGAGGAUUCCAUUCAUGGAAUGUGUCGAGCAACAGAAUUCGAAAAGUUUAUGGAAGAAAAAGAAUACUUCAAAAAUAUUGGAAUGAAUGGUUUUGAAGAUUCUUGUCAAAUAUAA